AUGUGGUGUGCUGCUGGUGAUUUCUGCAGUCGUCAUCUUAUCUUACAGUCGGCAGAAAUUGAUUAUGUUUUGUUCAGUUUAAAACUGCUAUUUUCCAAAAAGCAAUCAUGUCAAUGCAACGCUCGAACGGCACAACAGCGCAUUGCAGUGGAUUUAUCGCUUUUCUUCCGAUUCUUUCUCAUCUUCUUUCGGAUUUCAAAUUCGAUUGAGGUUGAUGCAUUUAAAAAUAUGUAUCACAUAUUUAAAAUCUUUCUACUGUUAAUUACCGCACAUCAUUCAUGGACAUCUAAGUACUACUGCGGUCCUUCUGAUAAUGCAUUUUAUCGGUUCCUAUCCCAACUACUCACCAUACCGUGCGAACAGCAUCGCAUAAAUUCCUGUUGCUUAAAGCAUGAUCAGUGUUAUGACGAUUGCAGCGUCACACAGCUCGCUUGCGACACCUUAUUCUGCGACUGCUUAAAAAAUAUCCAAACUAAUUUUUAUUGUAGGAGAAUAAUACAACCAAUACAUUGCAAUUUCCCUCAAUGGUUCGGCAAAUCCUACAAAUGCAACUCACGGAGAGAAAGAUGUACUCUCGAAGAUGAAAGUGAAGACAAGAACAGAACUCAGUAG